UCGAUCCUUUUCCGGAGUUGUCGAGGCGGGCGGCGUGAGGAAAGAUAAUGAUUUGUUCGACGUCGGAAGCAAGAAAAGGUGCGUUUCUUUUUGUCCCGCGUGGGAGCCUGAAUGCUGCUAGAGAGGAGCUUUUCAUUUGACAAAAGUUCAGGGCCGCCGUGCCACUUCCUCAGCAGAGCGCUGCUGGCAGGAGCAACACCUGAGCAGGUAACGGCGCUCAAACAGCAGAAGCCUUUCCGAUCAGGACGGCGCCGUUUGUGUCUCUCUGCAUAUCAUGAAGCCUCAGGAGGCCCGCCUCGUCCACGAAAUCUCAAAGCUGCAGAGCGCGGUCGGCGAGCUGAAGGCGGGCUUCGGCAGCGCCCUGCUGGAGCUGGGUCAGAUCCAGCACGGAGACCUGUACCUGAGGGAGGAGCUGCAGGAGAGCCGCAGGAGCUGCCGCGACAAGGCUCUUCGCCUGGAGGCGCUGGUGGAGGCGCUGCGGGUGAGACGCUCCGUCCGACGGCCCCCGCUGUGGCGAGGAGGCCAGUCCGGUAACAGAUGUGGUCACUUCCAGGAGGAGCUGGAGGCGAUGAGGAGUCAGGUCCUGCAGCUGCACAGCAGCAGAGCUCAGCCGGAGGCAAAGAAACAAACACAAAGCUGUGAUCCGGCAGGUGAGGACCGCGCAGGUGUGGCCGCGCCUCCCGUCCGCCCCUCCAGAGGGAAACUGCUCCUCCGCUGUUUCCUGCAGGGCCUAAAAGCCGGGCUGAGUGAGGGCACAGACGCUCGACACCAGGUGGCGAUGCAGCUGCUGCACUCGGAGUGGGAGUACGUGUCCACGCUGAACCAACUGUACGACCGGUACCGGACCCCCCCGGCCCACCAGCUGAUGGGGGAGCCAAAUCAGACGUACGUGAAGCUGCUGGAGCAGCUUCUGCAGCGACACCUCCUCUUCAGGAACACGCUGCAGGAGCGCCUCUCCACCCAACACUGGAAGUCUCUGGUUGGAGACAUCCUGGUGCAGCUCAUCGGUCAGAACGACACAGCUUUUGCAAACGCGUACCUGAGCUACACCUCCACCCUGGCCUCCUUCCUGUCCCUGGAGCUCAGCAGACCAAAGCAGGCGGAGAAACGUCAGACAGAGCAGACAGAGGAGGAGGAGGAGCUGAAGCUUCUCUCGCUGCUGCUGGCGCCGGUCACUCGGAUACACAGUUACCUGAGUCACAUCCAGAACCUGCUGCAGUGGACCGGCAAAGAGCAUCCAGACUGCAGCCUCCUGCUGGGGUCGGAGCGCGCGCUCAGGACCACCCUGUCCCGCUGUCAUGUGAUCCUGGAGGAGGAGGUCCGGUGGGAGGAGGACGAGGAGGCGGGACAGAGCUCCUGCGACGCUGCAGCGUCUGCAGACUUUCGUUACGGAGAUCAGGUGACCAGAGGCGAGCCCAACGCUGCCGCUUACAGAGAAGGGAAGGCGGCUGCCAGCGACGGCCGUCUCUCCAUGCGGCUGGAGUGCUGGUCCUGCAGCCCGGUGCGCAGGAAGGGCUGCAGGGGGGAGGAGGAGGCGGCGCUGGCGCCUCGCCGCUGCGCUCAUGCAUGCUGCGCUCAGCUCACUCCUGACCCUGCAGGCUGGGGGGAGAACAGCGACUCGGGUCAGGGCACCUUUAGCCAGCGCACCGCCAAAUGCAUCAAUGAGCUGGAGGCGUCCCGGACAAACCCCGGCCCGGAUGACGGAGAGACCGACCCCGAGGACACCUCUGCCUUCGACUACUCCUCCGUCACCUCCUGCAGCCCCGAUGGCACCCUUCGCAGGGAGGUGGAGGAGAGCAUCAGCGGGGAGUACGAGGAGGAGGAGGACAGCCAGGUGCCGGUGCUGCUGAAGCCCUCCGGCUGCCAGCCGCCGGCCAAGGAGGCGGCGAGAGAGAAGACGGUCUGUCUGAGAUGGCAGAUUCCCAGACAGACCCCCCAUCCCCCCCUCGGGUACCCCACCGCGGACGGGCCGCCGCCGUGCCUCCUCAGUUCCUUUGGGAAGAGGUUGGUCAGCGUCCGGAAGGGGUCGCCGCCUCUGCACCUCAAAAGUGCCUUCAGGCCCAUCUGGGACGAUCCAACCAAACAGCCGACGGACUCGGCCCCGGUGAAGGACGCCAGGCCGGGCUUUGUUCCGGUCCAAACGGCGAGCAGACAGAACUUCCACAGUGUGGGUUCCAGCAGGGACGACCUCAGACCGGUUCUGACUCACCAGCGGGGCGGCGGCCUGUGGGACAGCGAGGACCCCUGCAGCACCGUUUGAACCCUCCUCCACUCAGAGGCAUGAUGGGAAACUGAAGAAUCUGACCUUCAUCCCGGCGACCUUUGACCUGCACGUUGUCAUGGCAAACAGUCGGGGGGGGGGGGGGGGGGCAUAGCAUCUUCUAGGAAACAAAAGACGUGUGACCCACACACACAGUCACAGGUUCAAUUCCUUAAACCCUCAGACAUAGUUCCCACUUAGACUUAAAUGUAUAUUUUACUUUUUUUUUUUAAAACAGAUUUUACUUAAAAUUCUGUUUGUUAGAAUAUUUCAUUUUUAUCUAAACAUGCAAGUUUUUUCAAUACAUUGAAUUUUGGAUGAAAAAAAAGAACUUUGUGUUUAUUUAUAGACUGAGAUUUCAAAAUAAAAUAAAAUAUUCCAACGGAAACCCUUUUAGGACAAAAAGA